AUGGCGCCUAGGACCUCACGCUUGUUAAAGCCGUUUCUCGUAAGACGGGGCAUAGCUACACGGGGCGCCUCACAGCAAAGAACCCCGUCGCUUGCCAUUAUCGACGACUACUUGAACACAUCAGCACCGCACUUCGCCAACAUACCACCUUCACAGCUACGCAUCACCACUUUCAAUGACACCAUUGUCCCUCUCAAUGAUGCCGAGGAAGCGCGUCUAGUUGAGAGGCUCCGUACUUUUAACCUCAUCUCUGCAGUGCGCGAACGAACCGCUUUCCCAGGCUCUCUGCUUCGCCAGCUGCCCAACCUGAAGCUUCUCCUGGCCACUGGCACGCAGUUCGAGAUGUUCGAUCUUGCAGCCGCCAAAGAAAUGGGAAUCACAGUUGUCGCUGCUCCUGGUCUCGGCCGCACUGAUCAGACCGGACCCGUACGACCCAACAUCAAGAAGGGCGGAGUUCAUCCCACAACACAACACACCUGGGCCCUUAUCCUGGCCUUGGCCCGCAACGUUGCCGCUGAUGACGCCGCGCUCAAGGCCGGUACUGGCUGGCAGAGCGGGCUAGCGACUGGUCUCCCUGGUUUGACCCUAGGCGUCGUCGGGCUGGGCCGUCUAGGCGCGGCUGUGGCCCGUGUCGCCCACCUCGCUUGGGGCAUGCGCGUCGUAUGCUGGAGCGAGAAUCUCACGCAGCAAAAGGCUGACCAGAUGGCCGUUUCCGUCGGGUUGCCCAUUGACGGUGGAAUCGAGGGCAGUAAAACCUUCCAGGCAGUGAGCAAGGAAGACCUCUUCCGCAGUGCCGACGUCGUGAGCAUGCACUACGUGCUGAGCAACCGUUCACGCAACACCAUCGGCGCGGAGGAACUCCAGCACAUGAAGCCGUCAGCGCUGCUUAUCAACACAUCACGCGGGCCACUGAUUGACCAAGAGGCCCUACUAAACACGCUGGAGCGGGGCGGGAUUCGAGGAGCUGCGUUGGACGUUUUCGAUAUUGAGCCACUGCCGCUGACUAGCCCGUGGAGACGAGCUAACUAUUGGGGUCGAGACGGACGUUCUGCUCUUCUUACAACGCCGCACAUGGGAUAUGUUGAUGAGGCUUUGAUGAAUACUUGGUACGCUGAAACCGCAGAGAAUGUGGAGCGCUGGGUCCAAGGGCAAGAUCUCCUUCACCGCUUAGUCUGA